GCAGCUCGAGCGUACGCAUUCGAGCCAGAGCCAACGGGGCGCCACUAUCGCAGCCAGCUCAGUCAGUUCGAUCGAGGACACCGGCCGGCGACCACCGUUUUAUUAUAACGCGUUGUCGUCGUCGUCGUCCGCCUGUACCACCAACAACGCGGCGAGAGAGUUACUACUCCUUUACUACUACUCUUCCGCCGGCCUUACGCUCUACGUUACUACUUGUAAUUACUACUCGACGACGUGUGCGACGAGUUUGAUAUAAGAAAGAAAAAAAGUAGUCAGUGGUGCCGAUUCAGAGUGCGCGCAGUGUGCCCAGAGCUAUACCGUAAUAUAGCCAAAGUGCGACGGAUUUCCGAGUGCUCCUCGGAGGAGGAAAAGUGAGAAAAAAGUGUCGCGAUAUAUAUACAUGGAGAGUCGAUGCUGGUAGCUUGACACGCAGCAGCUCGACCAUAGUAGUACAGCAAAGGGAUCUCUGUUAGGUAGCGAGUGACCGACAGGUGCCGACGCCGCAGCAGCAAAACAUACACGAGCCACCGCCAAGAGGUCCCGUGUGAGAAGCGCAAGCAAGAGUAGCUAUCUCAACUAGUAUAGUGUAAUAUAUAGCGCCAGUGUCAGUGUGAAAUAUCGCGCCGCCGUUGCCCCCCCGGCCUCGAUUUUGCGUGCAAAAGUGUCGUUGUUGUUUUACCUUUUUUUUUCUCUUUCAUUUUUGCAGUUGAGUUUAGUUGAGUUGCGUUGGUGAUUCAGUGAUAAUAUAUAGCUCGAUUUGGCUAUCGUUGUGAUCCAGUGCCCAAGAUAAUGUACGGACAAGCAAUGGCGGCGGCGCGUAGUCGCUGGCUCGUCGUACUGACGGCUGCACUACUCGUUCUACUGUCGUCGUCGUCGGCCGCCGCCGCUGCUGCUGCUGCUGCCGCCAAUGUGGCUCCGCCGACCGACCAAAUGCUCGAGGAGAAGACCAGCUUCGAAGCUGCUUUUCAAGGUCGCUGCGGUCGUGGUUCGCCGUGCGAGCAGUUGUGUUACGAGCUCCACGACGGCAUGUACGAAUGCGACUGCAAAGAUGGAUUCGUGUUGCAUAAAAACGGCUACAGUUGUGAUGAGCUGAACUCUACUUCGGGAGCGACGAGCGAAAUGAGCGAGCUCUCGGAUAUCGGUGACGAUAAUUCCGAUGGCGGCGACGACGAUGACAAUCUCUCGGACGAAGUUGAUUCGGAUAGCAGCGAAGAGGACGAGGACGACGACGUUCUCUACAUGAGAGGCGCCUCGUUCACGAUACAUCUCGACUCGCCAUCGAGCAGCAGCGAUACCGCCGCUGGCAGUGCCGCCGCCGCCAGUGCCAAUGGAAGUAACUCGAACGAGUCCGACCCGGAAGAAAAUAAUAAAGACGAUGACGACGACGACGACGACGAAAACGACGACGAUGACAAAGAGGCAGCGAAUGAAAUAGGCGAGGACGAGGCCUUGUCAUUGACGUCGCAGAUCUCUCGGCUAGAAAGCGACGAGCAAGAAAUGAAGCAGCAGCAGCAGCAGCCGUCGUCGUCAUCGUCGACGACGGAGCAGACUAUGACGAUGAAAACUCGAACGAGCACGACGGCCCUGAUGGAGCCGUCUUGCACACUGGACUGCGGACCGGGUGGCAGCUGCUACAUCGAGCUGCUGGGCACUACGGCGAAUGAAAUAUCGCGAGGUCAAACGCCGGUGCAGAGAUGCCAGUGUCCCCUGGGACGGGGCGGCGAUCGAUGUCAGCUCGAUGCGGAAGUGAGGUCGCCACGCUUCGGCGGUCAAAGCUGGCUGGCGUUUCCGCCUCUUCACGCCGCUUACAAGCACGUGCAGCUGGAGCUGGAAUUCCGGCCCGAGACUUGGGACGGCAUUAUUUUGCUCGCAGGCGAGAGGGACGACCUGCAGGGCGACUUUAUGGCUCUCAUCAUCUAUCACGGAUACGUGGAGUUCAGAUUCGACUGCGGCAGCGGAGUGGGCAUUGUCAGGAGCUCCGACACUGUCAAGCUCAAUGAAUGGAACGUACUGAACGUCUAUCGACAUCGCUGGGACGCAUGGCUGCAAUUAAAUCAAGAAAAACGAGUCCAAGGCAGAUCGAAGGGUUUAUUUUCGCGCAUCACCUUCCGGGAGCCGUUGUUCGUCGGCGGGCCAGGCAACACCACGGGCCUCGAGCGUCUGCCGAUAAGAUCCGGCUUCAAAGGCUGCGUCCGAAAUUUGGAGAUAAACGAGCAUCGAUAUCAUUUCCCCUUGGCUCCCGUCGGCGAUGCUCUCAAUGGUUUCGACGUCGACUUCGAACAUAUUUCAGAUAAAUGCGUGGCGGAUCGUUGCAGCAAGGUGCCGUGCUCGCACGGUGGCAAAUGCUUGACAACGAGCGGCGACACGGCCGUCUGUCUCUGUCCGCUCGGCUACACGGGUGACCUCUGCGAAACAAGAGUCGACCUCCAGGUCCCAUCGUUCAAUGGCUCUUCGUAUCUGAAAUAUCCUGGACUGGCCGAGACGUCGCUUUCCUGGUUGGAAUUAUCCUUGACGAUCAAACCUUUCGCCGCUGACGGGGUCAUUCUUUACAAUGGCCAUCACAGCGACACGACCGGCGAUUUCAUAGCUCUUUAUCUCGUCCAGAGUCACGUGCACUUUACUUUCGAUCUUGGCACUGGUACCGCCACGCUGAGGAGCGAGAAGCCAAUAGCGCUGGGCGAAUGGGUGGAGGUGCGAGUGUCGAGGACCGGUCGUCUGGCGUCGCUCGAGGUCGAGCGCAGCCCGGCCCAGGAGAUACUGUCGCCCGGGGCGUUCACCCAGCUGUCGCUGCCGCUGAACAUGUAUCUGGGCGGCGCGCCGUCCACCGACAUGUUCUCCAACAAGCUGAAGACCAAGAGCAACUUCGUCGGCUGCAUACAGACCGUACUGCUGAAUCGACGAGAGAUGAACAUAUUGGCUGAGGCGCUGGGCGGAGCGAACGUGGGUAAUUGCGGUCACGCCUGCGAGUCGCGGCCGUGCGGCGACGCCGAGUGCAGGCCGCUGCGCGACAGGUUCACCUGUCGCUGCCGACCCGGCCUGCCUCAUCCGUGUCCCGCGAUAAACGUCCGCCAGAAACAGAUUCUCGAGCUCAAGUUUCAGCACGGAGCAGCAGCAAGUGGCAGCGGCGACAGCAGUAGUACGACCGCCGCAACGACGAUCCUCCCAAGCAUUUAUCCCGUAGUCUCCACGAGUAUGCUGGAGCGCGCCGAGGAGGAGCAGCAGCAGCAGGCAGACAGAUCGGUGCCUAGUUUUACGGGCAUCGACAGCUAUUUGUUUUACGACGACGUCGAUACGUUAAAGAGGCUAACGAGCGACAAAGUCGACAUAAAUAUGCGCUUCCGAGCGAGCAGCGAUGGAUUACUACUGUGGACGGGCGAUAGAUCCAACAAUUUCUUCGCGCUUGGGCUUGACCAAGGCUAUCUCGCGUUUACUCAUAAUCUCGGCUCCCGUAAGAGUGUUCUACGAUACAAUCUCACGAGAUUGGACGACGACCUUUGGCACCGCGUCAGAGCCACGAGGAAUAAGCAGCGAGCGUCGUUAGUCGUUGACAAUGGUAGCAGCGUGUGGAUCGAGUCUCAAGAUGAACAAAGACAACCCAAUACAGAAUUAGGACUCUACGUAGGUGGAGCUCCGGACAUAGAAAAAACAACGAGAGGCCAAUAUCUCAAGGGUAUCGUCGGGUGCGUUAGCGACCUCGUUCUCGACUCGGACUACUCUGUGGCCCUUUCGAUGCCUGGCCAAGCGCGCAACACGCACACGUGCAUCCCCUGAGUGCCCUUGGAGCAGCUUCGGUCGCUCCAACGGACGACCGUAUCCGCGGAUCGUUGAAUUAGAAAAAAAAAAGAAGAAGAAAAAAGAAUACGAUGAAAACGAUCGGCGGGCCAGGCACUAUCGUCAAAGAAGCAAAUGAUCUUUAUAGUUUGUAUCUAAAAGAGAAGCGUAUAGUUGGAAAGAUAAAAUGAUCUAUGAAUAUUUUGUCAAGACCAAACAAAGUGUCGUCGGCAAAAGGGGCGAAAUAUAGUAACGAAAGACGAUCCGAGAAACUGACGCUGAAUGAAUUUCUAGCCCAGUGAAUUGUACAUAAUCGUGUGAUAACAAUUGCCCAUAUAUAUACCUAUAUCGUGAAUGCAUACACAAACACAUAUAAAUACACAAACCACCCUUUUGAGCUAAUUUAGUGACUUGGAUAAAGGGAAACUGUUUGUUGACCUUGAUUUUAUGUAUUCUCUCAAAUUCUAUGCUCCUACUUGUUAUGUAUUUUUAAAGUUGUGACUUUUUCAAUAUUUAUCAGCAACGCGACAGUAAAUUAUUUUUAUCAAGCAUUGCAUUGAGCUUAGUGAAUUUGAAGCUAUAGAACUAUUAAAUUCUUCUCAAGUUAUGAGUGUCAGUAUAAUUUAUUCGAAUUUAAACCCGUUUGUGUGAAUAUUCGUGAAAUAAACUUGAUAUUGUCUAAAUUUAAAAAUCAAAUCAGUGUGUAUAUAUUAUAAAUUGUAACAAAUUAUAUCUCAAAGCUUAUGCAAAAAAAACCUCGUGUAUUAUAAAAAAACAUGUUUAUGAUCAAUUAGUGAGCAGCUAAAAUAAGUAUAAGCAAAACGGUAUUGAAAUGUAAAUGUCGUAGAUACGUAGGCCUAAAGUAAUACAUAAGCUGAAAGAACGUAGAGCAAAGCAGCAACAAGAUUUAAUUUUUUAUAAGUUAUUAUUAUAGUACAUUAGUCUUUAAAUGUUUGCGUGAAAUGGCAAGAGCAUUGUGACAAAUAAUGAAGACAAAAAAGCACAAUUCUUCCAUUUGAAGCUCCGUCAGAACAAAAAUUUUGGUCAAUACGUAUAUUUAUGUGCAGUCGUAUAUCGCAAAUACGACUACUCGAAUAAACGUGCAUAAUGGGAAACUAGCAUUUCUCAUUCAGAAUGUAAAAAAAUAUAUCUUUUUAUGUGAAUAAAAUAAAGGGUAAAAGUAUAUCGACAAAGUAUACAUGCUAUUCGUUUUUGAAGGCAUUUAACAAAAUUAUUUUGAAGCACUGCUCUCCUAUAAUUCAUACGUCGUAAUAUAAAAAGCAAUCGGCCAUAGUCAAUUUUGUACGAGUGUUAUUUUCGGGAAGAAAUAUUAGUAUAAAGAAGAAGAUGAACAUAUUUAUAAUAUAGAUAGGUAAUUUAAUAUGCGAAUUAGCGAUAAAACUGAAAAACAGUAUGCACUUAUGUAUGCGUUUAUGUAUAUCAUUAUUAAUAUCGGAUUAAACAGAAACUAAAGAAAUUGCAAUUUCUUGACCAUUGUCAAUUCAACUAAAAAUUUCAAACCUCUUGAUUGGGUAACAAAAUAGUUCAAACUUCUAUCUAAAUUAAAAUUAAAAUUUUCAUUGGCAUCAAACGAUUGAUGUUCUAAAAAAAAUUCACAAGUUAAAGGGACAGGAGGAAAAAGAAAAGAAAACGAUUGUCUAAAAGAUAAAAAAUAUUGGGUUUUUACAUCUACUCUUUAACAAUUCAAAAAGUACUUUGAUCAAAUCAUGUUGAGAAUAAUCAAUUAAUUCACAGAUAAAUUGUAUAAUUUAAUAAAAUUAUUUGUUAAUUCGUACUUUGUUAACAGAGAAAAUAACAUGAAUAAUAAAAUUAAUUCAUUUCAAAGGUAAUUUAUUUUCAUCUCAAUAAUUUAAUUUUUGAAGUUACUGCCUUGAAAAAGAUAUAAUAAUCGGCAGAAAUAAUUUCUUCAAUGUAUAUAAAAUAUUUACAUAUAGAAAGAAAUUAAGCAUUAGGUAUACGACUAGAGAGGUGUAUCUAUGUAACGCAAUCAUUAAAAGAAAUGUCAAAUGCUUGAGACGAGUUUCCCAAUUCAAAUCACUGAAAAUGAUGAAACUUGAUGUCUUUUUGAUGUCAAUCAAGUAUAGAAUUUACCAAAAUAUUACAUACAAAAUACAUGUGUGAAUAUAUAAAGAAAAUAGCCACCAGCUAGAACUAUCUCAGUGUAAAUCUAUUCCUUUAGUGUACAACAUUGACAAUUGUGUUUCAAGAAAUGAGAUUGCAAUCAGAAAGAAGGAAUGAGACAAAUUUUGAUUGUAUCAAAGCUAAAAAAUUUCUGCAUCACAAAAGCUAAGUAAUUAUAAAUAAAUGUAUACACUUAUAGUAUUUCUAUUAUGUCCAUUUGCAAAGUCUAUUAAGAGAGUCUAUUUGUUCUGAACAUAAAUUUUUCCUAAACACGGAACUGAAUAUAAAAAUAAAAUAAAACAAAACGUGUACAUUUACUUUGCACAAUUAUGUAAUGUACGUUAAUCACAUCAAAUGCAUUACACCUAGUCCGCGAAUCAGAGCAUUUCCCGUGAUAUUGUGAAAGAUCACGUAGCUAAAUGCGAAAAGAAGCUAAAAUUAUCAAUAGUACCACUAAUGUCUAUAAGAAAUUAUUGUAAAUAAUAAAAUAUGCUUUGCGGAGAUUUUUAUAAAAAAGAGAAAACCGAUUGAAAUGAUGUAAGCUACACAGACAUGACGAUAUUUAAUAUUUCAACAUAUCACAGUUUUAUGUCAAUGAAUGCACUAGGUAUGCAUUAAAUUAAAUGCUAAAUACUCGUGUAUUAUGUUAUAUAGAAAUAAUGAAAUGGAUCUGUAUAAAAAUAAAAUUUGCAUUAAAAUUG